GGAGACGGGAGGAUCCCCCUGGAGGGUGGCGGGGGGGGGUGUCCCUGUGGCCCUGGGGGUCUCCGCGGGUCCCCAAGGGGUGCCAGCCCUGUGUCCCCCCCCCAGAGGUGCAGCUGAAGCCGCGGCACCGACCCCUGCGCCUGGUCCGGCACUGGCCGGAGCUGCUGCUGCGCUUCAGCCUCGCCUCGCCCGCGGCCAUCGCCCAAGAUGAGCCGUGUCUGCAGCUGCGCAGGAACGUGUUCUUCCCGAAGAGCCGCGAGCUGGAGCUGCAGGAGGAGGAGCUGCUCCGCUUGCUCUAUGAGGAGGCGCGGGAGCAGCUGAGGGGGGGGCGCUACCCCGUGGACCCCCCCGAGGCGGCCGAGCUGGGGGGGCUCAGCUGCCGCCUGCGCCUGGGGCCCUUCGAGCCCGGCCGGCACACGGAGCUCAGCCUGCGGUCAGCACCGGCCGGACCCUGCCCGCGGGACCCCCCCCCCCGUGCCCCCCAGCACGUGCUGCUGUCCCUGACGUACCCCGAGCUGUGCUGGGAGCUGGUGGGCGCCGUGGGGCAGGACGGGGACCCCGCGGGGGAGGAGGGGGACCCCGCGGAGCCCCCCCAGCUGUGGCUGGAGUUCGAUGGGGACCACGAGGGAGCCCCCGUGAACCGACUGCUGCGCGUGUUCUCCCCGCAGGUGCGAGCUGGGGGGCCCUGGGGAGGGAAUUUGGGGGACCAGGGGGAUGGUCUGGGGGCGGCCGGCGCGCGUGGCGCCCCCUUGCGGCGGCAGGAGAGCGUGACCCGGCCCCGCCUGCAGCGCCUCGCGACCAUCGACUACGUGCGGGAGGGGCAGGAGCUGCGGCGGGUGAAGCCCCCCCGGCGCUCGGCGUCCUUCUUCAGCCGGGUGGGGGGCUCCUACAGCCCCGUGGCACAGGGGGGCACAGGGGGGGGCGGCUCCGAGCAGGGCUGAGCCCCCCCGAGCCCCCCAAACCCCUCCCAGUUCAGACUGGGAGCACUGGGAGCCCCCUGUUUGUACCCACGCCCCCCAAUAAACUGCACUGCCCCCCCGGCCCCUCUC